GAACAGGAAAAAAUGUAUUGUCAGACAGAUUGAAAGUGAGAAAACUUGAAAGUAUUCAUAAAAUAUGUUUCACAUCAACUUAGAAUUUUUUUUAAAGAUAUUUGGGUAAUUUCGUUGUGUCAAUUGGUGUCAGUUAAUUAAUGGGCCUAAAAUAACGUACCGAUAUUAUAAUUUUAUACAAAGUGUGUCGUCAGUGUCGGUUAACACACGAUUCUUGACUUGUAAGAUUACUAACACUAACCGCCUAACACCGAACACUACCCACACACAGUCACUGGUCACAGUGUCACUGAGUGACACUCAUAGUCUUUUUGCUUUAAAUUUUUGGGGGCAUCCCCAAAUGACAAAUGGGGAUCAUGUCACAUUUCACAUACUGUCACAUACAAUACAUAGUUUUGAUGCCAUAUCCUCUGGAAUGCACUCAAAUGUCAACAGCUGCACUGUUUUCUUGAGUUAGUCUUACUCUUACAGUAGAGUGACUUGCAUGCUGCCGUCUGCACACUUGCUUUGUUUGCCCAUUUCCAUUCGUUCAAUGAAGUGACCAGUUCCAGAGGUUCUGACAUAAACAGGGCUUUUGGAUGGUUUCAAGAAAGAUUUCCUCCCACCCAUUUAUGGGUCAGAUAUUGAUCAAGAAAGAGCAAGAAUCGCUUUGGCAACAGACCUGAAAUCCAUUAGAGGAAUAGCACCAUUUUGCAAUUGCAAGACAUUAAUUAUAGUGCGUGUGAAUUCACCAACGCUAAAUCGAUGGCAUUAGUAAGCAAAGGGAAGUAACACUUUUUGCCCCUUAUUUUGAUUCUUUAUUUUUGGACAUUCUAAUCCAUCUCAUUAUCCACACCCAUUUGUCUGUUAUAUUCUGUUAUCAAUUUCGGUUGGGAGACUUGAAUCUCUUUCUUGAUAACCCUACUCCAUUGCUUUACCUGUGACAUUGGGUGGAUGGUUUUAUUGUUGCUGAGUAGCUUUACACAACUGUUGUUUUUCCAAAUCUGUAGUUGCAUGGUUUAUAAUCUGUUUUCUUCAUGUUCUUGUCAGUAGCAAGCAGUCGCUGUUGUCCUGACACCAAUAUCCUGCAAAUAUUUCAUCAAGGAAAAACCCGUGAAGAUAUUGUCAAAGUAAAUCUUGUGAGCAUUUGGUGUCUCUAAAAUAAAAAUAUUUUCAAAACAACCAAUGCUCUAAAGAAGAAACGCCUUUGUCAUCAUCAGUGCCAGUAGCCUUGCGCUCAUAGACUUGCAUCUGGUAACAAUAGCCUGUUUGUGACCAGAAAAUCGCCUGGUUCAUCUUCAUCAAUAAUGUUGUCAACAAUAUCUUCGUUGUCUGACAAUUCAUCAACUCAAUCUUGAUUGGUUGCCAAUCAUCAAGAUAAACCACCAAUUAUGAAAAGGAGCCUCUUUUGGAUAAACACUUUUUCUGCUUAUAAAACCAGCAUUCCCCUCACUUGACAAAAAUAGCUGCUUACCUUAAGAAAGAUCUAGCGAGAGAAGCCAACCAUAUGCGCGAGCUAAAUUUAGCAUCCGCAGCACUGAAGCAACCGUGAUGAGUCGUGUGCUUAUUGUUGUUUCCUAAGUAGAUAGCAUGUGAUGCCACUAGAUGAUUUAAAGUACAUGAUGGGGAUCGUGGCAGUUAAUGGGUUAAAGUAUUUGAUAGCCUGAGUUUGCACUUAAGGCUGAAUACAAUUCAAUACCACAAACCACACAAGUAUAAACACAGUUACACACUCACUUUCACUCACUCAUCAUUCACUGACUCUGAAUGAAACACUCAUCUCAUUUUAUUGCUCUAAAAAUUUCACAAAAAAGCUCCCUUGUUAGCUGAAAAGUUCAUUUCGCCUUGCUUGAUAAGACCCCUUUUCAAUUUCAUAGCCUUUUUCUGCCUUUCAUGAAGAAAACACCCACUAGGCAGUGUGGCUACUUUUCCUUUGCUGAAAAAAAGAGGGAAAGGGGAAAUUGCUAAUCCCAUAUCAAAAUACUUGGAAAUCCAAAGUGUAUGUCUUCUCUUGUUUUUUUAACUAUUGAAUUUUAGGUUUUAUAAAUUCAAGAAUGGCAAGAAAUAAAAAAGAGGACCUGCACAAGCGUUUAAUGACUUGGGCGAUAGAAGAAAUGAAAUUCCAAACAACAGCUCAAAGCUCCAGUCAUAACUUUCAGCUUCCAUCAGAGCAAGAUUUUAAAAGGUAUGUAAAGCAAUAUCAUUAUGGACUUAUUAAAUGUGUGUGAAAGUUAACCUCUCUCCAAUCUUUUAUUAAAAUUUAAAAAUUUAGUUUUCAAAUUAAGGAAAUUUAAUAGUCAAAUAUGCACAAUGUAAAGAAAAAUAUUUUUUUUUAACUGUUGCUGAUUGUUGCAAACGUUUUUGGCAAACCAGACACAUGGUGACCUUUUAAUAAUCUCUUCAAAGCCUAGACACUCUUAGGCAUUGAUAAUUGCAAUAGCUUGCCUCCUUAACAUCAAGGAAGACACUGAUUGUUUGAAAUCCCUUUAAAAAAUGUCUACUUAAAGACCCUGUGCAUGCUGGAUUAAAUUUGUAGGGUAGUCUAUUUUAAUUUUAAUUUUUUUUUUUUGGUGCUCAGCUUAUGUCAAAAGCCUCUUGAUGAUGUUUGGAUUUAUGUGCUAAAGUAUGUCAAAUCUGUCCAGUGAGUAAUUCAUUUAUUUUAUGUUACCUUCAUUUAAGCAUGAUGCACUGCCAAACGAAAUAGAAAAAAAUUAUUAAAUGCAAAAUUGUAAAUCAGAUUGUUGUAUUAAUGAGAUUACAGUAUAUUAAAAACAAAUAGAGCCAUUUAUUUUAUGUAAAAAUUUAUUAUAAUUCAAUAUAAAAAUGUGUUGCACCCAGAAGUUCAGAAAUUAUUUGUUGGUAUAUAUUUAUUUUUUUCUGUAUUUAUUCUAGCAUUCUAGCCAUUUAUUAUGUUGGAAUUAGUUUGUGUUAUGCUGGAAUUAGUAUUUGUUGUUAUGCAGCAAAAUAACAUCUGAUAACAUAACUAUUUUACAGGACAGUAAGACUUGUGAAAGGAAAUUUGGCCUUGUAUCCUUUAUUCAAUUUAUGAAAACACACCUCUCUAAUUACUAAUAUGUAGUCUUUAUUGAUAAGAUUCAAGACUAAAGCAUCAGUUCUUGUUUUUUUUAUAAUUUGUUGUAUCAUAUUAUGUUUGUAAAUAAUGUUCAUUUUUACUGUUUAAGUAAAACUAAUAGGCUACAGAAGCAAUGGUUUAGUCUUAACCAAAAUUAAACAGAAAAAGAUUUUUGGAUGCUCAGAGAAUCUAUAAACCGCAGCUUGGAGACAGCGUACAAGAAGAAGAAGAAAAAGAGAAACUUCAAAGAUCAAGGUCUCUAAUUGCAAAGGAACUAACUUCUUGUCUUUCAGACGUCUGCUAUUUGGAGAAAGAGAUGAAACAAGUCAGUAAAGAGGUGAUGGAGACAGGCAAGUUUUUUAAAAUAAAAUAAAGUCCUUUUUAUUUGUAAUAAAAUUAUAGUAUCAUUUCUAGUCUUUUAUUUACACAUUUUAUUGCUUGUAUAAGAUUAAAAGUUAAGAUUUUUAAUUUUUUGAAAUGUACUUCAGCCCUAAUCUACCAGAGCGUUUGUCAGCGUGUAAGAGAUCUACAAAAAAAAGAUGGUUUGUUAGAGGCAGCGGGUAGAUUUUCAGAAGAGAAGAUUGCAGUCUUAGCUAAAUACACGGAAAUAGUCACACUGCGCACAAAGGAGCUAGCAAAACAGGAGUAAUUAUUAAAUUUUGUGGUCUUUUUACUUUUAAAUGACUAUCAAAUAAAUUAUUUCCUUAGCCACUUAUUAGAUUUAUUAUAUUGUCAUGGCUAACCCAAAAAAUAUUCAAAACGGUAAUUAAGCUCCUAAAAAAGCAAAUACUUUCUUUUAAAAAAUUUAAGGAAAGCUGUUUUAGGAUUGACUGAGAUAACAGUUUUCUGUAAAUGUUCUUAACUGAUUUUACCAUUUAUUUUGAUUAAAAAUAUAUUCAAUAUCAUAUUUCAUCUAAUAUUAAACCAUUAACAAUAAGAUUUAUUUGUAAAAGUUGUUAUAAUUUUCUUUUGAAUGAUACUGUGAAACUAAUUAAAUACUAUGCAUAUUGAAACAAGCUUUUUAUCACAAACAUACUGACAACAUGAUCAUAAAACUCAAAUGUCAAAGUAAUAUAUUCUGAUAUUUUUGUAGUGACUUAUCAGCGCAAGAUUUUGUUAUAGGAGGGCAAAGUAACAAAACUGACAUACUAGAAACUGAGAGCCAAGUAAGAAUUUUAUCUGCUCCCAACAGCCAAGGAUAGGGCAAUACUAAAUUAUAAAUAAUAAAAUUUGAAUUUUAAAUCUUACAAUAUUGGCUGUGUAAUUUAUAUUUCAUACUUUUUAAUCAAAAUUCAGUCUGUAAAAAUGUGUCUAUGUAGUGUGAAUCAGGUGGUAAAUCUCUUGACGGUUUACUAUUGUGCAGCGUAUGCUAGAAUUUAAAGAAACUUUGUGCUUAGAAUUGUUUUAUCGAGUAGCCAUCAAAUUGGUGUUAACAUUUUUUUCAAGCAAAAAGCUCUGAAUGUUAUCAAUUGUCGGUCGUUGUGUUUUCUCUGUUUUCCUCUCACAGAGACAUGUGCGAGCUACAGGUCAAAACAUUAGCCAUUUUCUACACAACAUGUUUGAUGGAGCAUUUUCCUCUGAUAAAGCAGCUCUGUAAGUAUUCAGUUAUUAUAAUAACUAGAAGAUAUGAUCCAGUGUUGCCUGGGUUACAACAGAAGGCAUUGCGUUACUGUCUACAUGCUUUAUAGAAGUCUUAACAUCUAAUAUACCAUUUGUUCAUAUGUAAUUGAAUCAGAGUUUGAUGUAUUGCAUCCUCAAAGAAAAAAAAUACUGCCAUUUUCCAAGCCAUUGAAAUGUAUAUAUAGGAAGUAGCAAAUCAGCAUAUCCUUAUAUUUAAAGAAGUAUUUAUAUAUUUAUCUUUUUAACAUCAUUGGAUUUUGAGAAAUUUGUAUCUUCUAACAUAUUUUCUAAAAAGUGUAAAAACGUGUCCAUGUACCAUUUUAAAUAUCAGUAACAUAGUGGAUGUUGAUAUAUUGGUAUAUUCAUUUUAAAAUUCUCAAAAUCUUUUUCCUUGCUUCUGAACUGCAUUAUCAAAAAGAAAAUUUUUACAACACAGAAUUUUUAUAUCUAAAGAAAAACAUAUUCCAAUAUUCUUGUCUGAAACAGCCUUGUUUUUUUUUUAUUUUAAUGAAUAUUAUAAAUCUCAUAAAAAUUUACCCGGACUUUUCCAUGAACUGUAUUUUGUGCUUUGUGGAAAUUCAGAUAUUUUCUUAUUUUCACAGAAAAUCUUAACCCAUUGUUGGUCACGCCCCUGAAAUUUAUUUUCGGGAAAUUUAAAAAAUUAUCCUUUUAAACAAUAUCUUAAUUCUCAUAUUUAGAUAAAAUACUGAAAAUAAUUCUUUAGUUAUUAUAUUCAGUGUAUUUCUAGUUUAAAAUAAUAAUUGAAUAUUUUUCAUAAAUGAAAGAAAAUUAAUAUCAGUAUUUUUAAGAAUUCCAAUUAGAUUUAGGAAUUUAUCUUGAAAAUAAAUUGGCAACACUGUUUGGGUGCAGUAAUAGGGAAUUUUUACAUUUUGUGCUAUUGAACUCAGCAUUACAUGAUGACAUUAGCUUAUUCUUGUAUAUAUUAAUGUGUCAUGAUAUUACAGAAAAUAUUGUCAGAGUUGCUAGUGAUAAGCAUUAAAAUGUAUGUAACUUAAUUGUUACUUAUCACUAUAUAUGAACAAAAUGAUAGUAUGAAUAACACAGCAAAUGUAUAUAUUAAUUGGAACUUUGAAUUUUUCAAAUUUAAUUUUUCCCAAUUCAACAGAAAGAAGGCAGAAAUAGAACUUUGGAAAAGUGUAGAAAAAUUAAGGACAUCUCUGAGUGUAACGACCAUUAUAUCGUCCCUUAUAACCAACACAGAAAGGGCAGCUAAGAAUUUAAGGGAGGAAACUUUUGCAUUAAACAUAGCUAAAGAUGUCCAAACACUAAGGUAACUUAAUAGUUUUGUCCAUUAAAUAUUUACUCUUGUAUACUCUUGUUCCGCUGGUUUCUCAGCCCGAGCUUAACUUGUUGAAUAAUGAGAAAUAAUGUGCAGCACUCAAUGAGGAGUUGUUGUUUUUUUUUUUGGGUUGGUUAAAUACUUUGAUAUAUUUAAAUAUGAUGCCAAAAUUUUUAUUAAAACCGUCUCUUUGUAAACCCCUGAUAAUAAUAAGCCAUUUUUUAACUAUUGAUUAAAUAUACUUUUUUUUUUCUUCAGCUUUUCAUAUGGCAAUGCAAGUGGACUCAGGGACAUCUCCAAGCCACCAUCUGUUGAGAAAAGUGUACGACAAUUGCUAGAAGUGAGCAGAUAUCCAAACCUUUGAAAACAAAAUGUUAUUGCAUUUUCAACUUACACACAGCACUCAUUAACUCCUAUAAUCUCAAAUCCAAUUAAGACUCAUAUAAUCCCAAAUCCAGUUAAGACUCAUAUAAUCUCAAAUCCAAGCUUAGUUUUUUAAAUUCCUACUUUCACCACAGGCUAGCAACUUACAACACGUGAUAAGGUGGUUCAAAGAACAGGAGCAUAAAAAUGAUGAGUGGAAACUGACUGUAAAAUUGGAAGAUUUACUGGCAGAGGUUCACAAGCAUGUUCAUAGGGUCAUGGGGGAACACCCUCGCAAUGUUCCUUUAGCCAAGUUAGUUUUCUUGUUUCAAAUUUAGUUUUUAGCAAUAAUGUUAAUUUUUAUUUCUUUAGAUCAGAUCAUAAAUCAUUGAUAUGUGACUGAAGGUUGAUUUAUAAUGGAUGAUUUGAGACCAUCCUAUUUAUAUUUAUUAAAUCAGUAAAACAGAUUGAGACGCAAAUGAACCCAAAAGGUAUUCUAUUCCCUUAUGAAUGUCACACCUAACAAAAAUUUUAUAUUAAUCAUUUUGAAAAGAGGCUUUGAAUCUUAAGCUCUGAGAAAAUAAAUGUUAUAUCAGAAAUCUGAUUUUAGCUUGAAUAUUUUUCAUUUAAAUUCUGCGUUGACUCACCUAUCCAGGGGUUAUGUUGAUGCGCUAAUUCAGCUUGCUGUUGAGCGAGCUGUUGCACCUUGUUUACGGGCAGAGAUUGACAGACUUGUGGAAUGCAUUCAGAAGGCAAAGCAAGAAAAGCAUGAAUUACAUUUAAAAUAUCAGAAGAUUCAGGUCUUUAGGAAAAUUGUGGUGAGCGUGACAGAAAGUUUUGAUGUAUUUAUUUUGAUGUGCUAUUGUUGGUUUGCAAUAAUAAUAAGAGGGGAGACUGCCUUCAGGUUGGGGAGAAGGAAAUAAAGGAAACAAUCUAUGGGAAAACCUGACAAAAAUGACAUAACAAAACAAUGAAUGUGUUGGCAAGAAGCCUUCUUCAGCGAACAAACAAAAGUAAAGACAAUAUUAUAAAAAUUAAAAUAAACACAUGUUGCAGUGUAAUAUUUGAGAUGACAGCAGGAGAAAUGUUUAUCUUCAAUACCACAAUAGAUAUGUCCCCUGUAAUGUUUUGGAAAAUGGUUCAUUCUCUUAAUGUUCAUUUUUCUGUGAAUCCUUAACUGGUCUAAAUUUAAUUUAAAAGGGCAAGCUAACAGGUUUAAAAAAAACUUUUCAGGAGAAGAAUCAGUUGAUUAUUGCAACCCUCGCCAACCAAAAUUCUACUGCGUCUGUAAGGCUAGAUAUGCAAAGGAAGCAGGUUAGUUGUUUUUUUUUUAAAAUCUUAUUUAUUCAGCUAGUCAAAGUAUAAUCAUGUACAUAUUUUUGAUAUACAGAUUUGUUAAAGUGUUUUUAAUUUGUAAUAUUUUAAAAGCUAGGUUAUGAACACAUACAAAAAUAUUUAAUUGUUAAAAUAAAAAUGUGCAUUGUACAUUUUUAUAUUUUUAAAAAUGCUUUGAAAACCAUCUGAGAAUUGCUGGUCUCUGGUGUUACUAAAUUUAUAUUCCAUCUUAAUUUCCUAUGAAUUACUUAAACUUAAAAUAUUAGACUUUAAUUGGUUAAUACAUAACAUUUUUUUUUCAUUUUUUAACUUCUGUUUCAUUCACAAGGUCCUUUCUUACAUUGCCUCACGUGGGAUUGAAUCUCAUGUGAAUGAAGUCCAAGUUUUGACCACUGAUUUAAAGGGCAGCCUUAUUGCAGAGGCUCAAAAAUUCUUGUCUUUGGUUUUACCCUGUCUGUUGGUUGUCUCUUUAGACAGGUAAAUUAUUUUUAAAGAUUUUCUUUGGAAAGAAAGUUGUGGGAUGAGAUAGCUGUAAUUCUGAACUCUCUAUUGUGUUACUACUACCGAUUUUCAAUAGACACUGUAUCAAGUCUAUCCUUAACAACAUUAUUCUAUGCUCAUAGCUCAUUUGGCAAUGCACACUGGUAAGAAGCUGGAAAUCCAUCUUAUCUUAAUAGUUUCAUUGAUAACCAAAGAGUUAACAAAUCACUAACCAUUUAUUGGAGUGUUGGACUGCAAUAAAGCUUUAAAGAAUAUUAAUUGGACACAAGCAGGCAUUUGCCGAAAUGUCUACAAUUGUAUUCAUUAUAAUUAUGAUCGAGCUGAACAUGUAUUGUUUUAUUUACACAAAUUGUUUGUGUAUAAUUAAUCUAGAUAAGAUAUCAGCUUAGCUUACCACCCCCCCCCCCCCCCCCCCCCCCCCCCCCCGAGUUAUUUUUUUAAAAGUUUGAAUCCUUCACUAUGUCAGACCUGGUUACUGUUACGAUUUUAGCAGAUGGCGGAUACAACAGCCCAGAAAACUGCAGAUUUUUUUUUGUUUCAAAUGCCUUCUCAACUGCUCAGCACAGCAGCGUUAGAUUUGACAUAUUUAAUCAAUUCUAGUUCUAGUAAGCAGCAUUUGAAGUCUAUUUUAAGAAGGCACUAAGCAGCUGUCCAUUUGUAAUACCCCAGUUUGGUUCCAGAACUCCUCUUCCCUUCUCCCAAUACACCUUGCUGUUUCUUAUUGGACUAUAAUAUGUUAGCAGAAAAUAAAUUCAGGUUCCUUGGCUUAAUGCAGAGGUGGCCAACCCAUGUUAAAUAAAUGUAUUAGUUCCACGGAUGUAUCACAAAUGAACUGAUUUCUUCAUUUAAUUAGCAAUUAUUUUUAUUCUUGGCAUAAAAGCACAUCUAAAUAAUAUAUACCAGUAAGUCACUUUUUGUGUGACAGUAAGCCCCAUUUCAGUGUACCCGUCCCUUUUUUAAAUGAAUUAAAAAAUAUUUUGAAAUAAGUAAUCUUAAAUAAAAAUUAUAUAAAUUAUGCUAUUUAGUAACUACUAAAAUUAAAGGAUUUAUAUAAACACAGCUAGGCAAAGGGAACUUUAUUUUCCACAAGCAUUUCUUUAGCCUCUUUCGGAUUAAGUGUAGAAUGAUGUAAAACUAUAUUCAUGUAUACACCAAAGUCCAUGCCUGCAUUUUGAAGUUCUAAAAGACCUCACCACCCACUCUCGCUCAAUGACUUAAGUGGGUGUCCUUGUUUCCUGCUCCACAACCUCACCUUCAUCUAUCAAUGUAGCAAUGACAGACACCUUUUUAUUUUGCAAUAAACCUUUGCCCUGUAUACAAAUAUAUAUAAAUAUAAACGUUAGUUAUCUACUUUGGGAAGUGGCCUUUUUUAUGCAUGAAAUUGCCAAAAGUUAUUGUAUAAUAUAUUAUAUUAUAAUCUAAGUUUAUUUAUUUACUAUUAAGAUAAAGUAUUUUAUGAUUUUGAGAUGGUAAAGUGCUAUUCUGAAAUGAUAUUGUAAUAUUUUGGAAUUUCCAGGGAAACCAGGUCACUAUGUGGUGGAGUUGAAUAUUGUAAUCUUCAUUAUUCAUAGUUAAAAAACCCUAUGAUAAGAUUUCAUUUUUAAUGACUUAAUAUUUCUCUAAUUGCUUAUGAAUUUGUUCAGCUCUUUGAGAUCGACUUCACAGUUUGUUUUUAAGGAAAUAUUUUAUUUGUUUAAAAUGUAUUUUCAUGCGUUUGAUUUCAGCAAUACUCGUCUGUGUGUUCUGGACCUGUCUAUCUCACCAGCUAUCUACAGCACAGCACGAGAAAAGCUUUGGGUAUAUUCUAGUGUAUGCGCAGCUCUUGACUUUCCAGAGUUUAAGGUGAGCCCUGAAGCAGCAUUGUUGUCAUUUACAGAUUGAGAUUCAUUAUUCUACUGUUGUGGAUUUUCCCAUACAAGUCAAUACUUCUACAGUCAACUAGUGUGCAUUAAAUUGGUUUUUUGUUUGUUUGCUGUCCUUAGUCCACAGACAGCCUACCUCUGUUUCUGCUUGAACAACACUGUAAUCUACAAGUGCUCUCUGCCAGUCAAUGCAAUAGAGAUCUAAUGGUCAAUGCAGCGCUUAGUGCUGCUAAAACUGCAGACAUCAGUUCUUUCAUUGGUAAGUUCUUUUUUUUUUUAAAUUUAUGAUUAGUUUUAUUUUAUUUGUAAGCUUGUAUGCAUUAGAUUUUGUGGUCUUUUUGUAUACAUUUAGAUGUGAGCUUAUCAGAUGGAUCAGUUUUAGAUGUCUACUUAUUGACUUUCCGCACAUCAAUUUACUUACUUAAAGAUUAAAUACUUAUGUCAUUUCACAUCAAACAAUAAUUCACAUUCAGGUUAUUCAGCACAACAAGUGUAAAAUUAAUUUUCCAUCCCUUUUAUUGCUAUACAUUUCUAACACUAUUCACUUACAGCUAUGAAAAUGGAAUUUUUGACAGGUUGUAUAGAUUCACAUGUUUGUACUAAAAAAAAAUCUGUUCGUAAUUUCUGGUGUUAAAACAAAAAUCAAUCUUUUUUUUUUUUAAAUUGCCAUUUGUGAAAUGUAAUUAUUUUUAAAUAUAAAUUGAAUAGGAAAUUUUAGUUCAUCCAGGUUCAAAUUUAAUAAUGACUUAUUAUUGCAAGUAUGAGCAGGCAAAUGAAUACUAACAAACUUAUUUUUUGGUCACAAUAAAUGCUCUUGGUGGUUUAUAUGAAAAAUAAAUCACUCCUAUUGCAUCUCAGGAAUAACAUGACACUUGCAUUACAAAAUGUUGUCUAACAAAUACAGAUUGGUGUUAACAAAAAGACUCAUAAGUUUUGAUUCUAAAAAAAAAUUUUGAAUCAUCUCUUUUCUUAUUAAUUAUAAUAAUUUUUGUUAACACAUUAUGUUGCAUGUUAGUUCCAACUAAAAUUUAUCUUAAGAACUAUUUAUUUUUAGAAACUAGUAAUUUAGAUACUUAGUUUUUAUUUUUCAGUUGAGUUUUUUUUUUUUUUUUUUUUUUGUUUGAAUGAACUAUGUCAAGUGAGAUUUCAGAUUUAAUUAAGGUAUUUUUUUUUAACAGAUCUGUGUAGAAAAGUUGAGCAACAUGACAAAGCCCAGUGUGAUAAAUAUGUUCCACAACUAGAAAAGAGCAUUGCAAAAAUAUCUGCUUCUAUCAAGGAACUUGAGAACUUAAAAAAUGCCAUUCACUCAUGGUAAACAAAAAAUAUUUGCUUUUCACUGAAAUAUAUGCUUAAGAAAAUCAUUGAAUCAAAUAUGAUUAUGUAAACUUUUUAAAGAUAGUUUUUUGUGUCACAUUUGGAAAUAGUAUAUUAAGAUGUCUUGAAUGUAUGUCAAUGAUAAUCAAACAAAUAGACAUUUAAUACUUUUUUUUAACCGAAUUCUAUGAAAUUAGUUGCUUUGCCCCAAUGUUUAUAUCAGUCUCAAAACAAAUUAAGUCUCAGAACAUAUAAAUUAUUUUGAGGCAAAAUUUAAUUAUUUUCUUCACAGGUGGGAGCAGCCAGCCAAACAUGCCACACCCUGGGUUAUUGAACAAGGUAAAACCUUUGAACAGUGGAUGGAGAAAUGGCGUGUAGCUGUAAAUCAGAUGAAUAAACAUUUAGAGCUGAAAAAAGACUGGCUUCACAAAAGUAGUCUUAAGUGAUUAAUGAGUUCCUCAGCUUGUCUUUUUUUUUUUUCAAAUGU